UAAACUACUUAUAUUUGACAGACAGGGGUACCACAAUACCGUAUUCGAAGGGAAGAGAAAUUAAAAAAGUUCACUCCUUAGGGAGUUUUGAAACAUGGCCUUCAUAGCAUUCUCUGGAAUAGCGCCAAAGGGCAGAGAGAUUUGUAGACGGUGCUAAUUACGAGAAUAGUGACCAUAAUGCGAACAAGAUGGAAGCAAUUUUGGCAGUAGUCAUUUGCGUGUUACUCUUCCGCCCACCGGCUGCAACAUAGCCGGAGCCUUAAUAUUAGGAAUAGCAUCGCCUGGAACAGAGGAAUGAAUGAGCAUAUUGUGCAGAAGGAGACAAUAAAAUUGUGGCCUGCAAUGGGGACUCAAACAUUGGAUUAAUGCCAAUAAUGGUGCUUCUCUGCUUAUUCAAAUCUGCUGGAAAUGUAUCAUGAAAAGUUUAUUCUCCGUCUUUUGAUUAUAGUAAAACCAGUCGAUUGUUAAGUCAACAUGGAAUUUAACGGUUUGCUCUCCGGGAUGACGAUGAUACGAAAUUCUGAGGCUAUCGGUCUGUGACAAAAGGGUCAUUUCCGAAAAGUUAUUCUGUAGCUUGCCACACUCUGUCCCCGUGCAUGAAACAUGCGUUAUUGGAGAUAGGCGAUGCUCUCCAUCAGAAGCACAUUGCUUGAAGAUUCCGUUGUGAAAGUAUCUCACCAAAAGAAAGAUUCGGACAAAUUAUAAAAUACUAGAGCUCAUAAAAAUAUAUUUAUUGCGUAAUCUUUAAUGACACCUGCUAGCGUUAAUAAAUUGGUAGGACAGUCACUUGAGAUAUUUGGACCACCCUAAAAAUGAAAUUAAUAUUUAAAAACGAAUACAUUUCGAUUAUUUGAGAGUAUGAAACACAUCAUAUAAAUUAGGCUGGUUUGAGUAUCUCAUCAAAAUCCAAUAGGAAAAAGUCUGAAACGCUCAGUUAAAUUGAAUCUAUCAAAGCACUUAAACAAACCCUAGCCUAAUUUAUAAUAUUACGUGAGCCACUUUUUUUUUUUAAUAUGGACCUAAUAGGCCCUAAGAAACUGAGCCAACUUUUUAGGGUUUUCUGAUCAUUGGGUGUGCUUGGUUAGGAUAAUUGAAAAUAUAUAAAAGUUUGAAGAUGUUUCAAAAACCCUAAAUAUUUCGUUUUGUUAAAGACUCCUACCUUCACCUGUUAAACUGAAUUGAUAGGGCACUUGGAUAGGCGCACAUGUCUUAAACCACAGUGUAUAAAUGGGAUGUAUAAUUAGUUUUUUUAUAUAUUUCAAAAGAGGAGUUCAGAGGAAAACCCUGCCAUCAGAUGGCACGCUCUUUGAAAUGCGAUUUGCCGCAAUAAGCCACUGUGUGUAAUGCUGUGUCAUUUUAUCCACGCUGCACUCUCUUGAUUCACACAAGGCUGAUACCUUGCCUCCCCCUUUCCUUUCCGGCUAUUGUCACUGGAAGGUUCUUUUAUAUCUGUGGACGUUGUCGAUCAGCGAAAUCUCACGAUAGGCUCCUUGUAGGAUCCAGAAGUUUUUGCAGUCCUCUGUAGGGAGAGCAAAGGUGACGACAACGCCAGGACGAGACCACACUGUUGUCAACGCACCGGCUCUAAUCGAUGACCACGGCUUCACCAAAUCACUUCAGAUAAAGAGACUGCGGAGGAGCACUUCUACUUGCCAAUGUUUCGUGGGCAGGAUCAUUGCGUUUUGCCGACACCACAGCAAAGGCAAACGCCAACUCUUUAAUGGGACCCCGGAUGCCAUUUCUAUCCAUUCUUGCCAGAAUCUUACGAUAUACAGCCAUGCCACAAUGGUUAUAAUUCAGCUCCUGUUGUUGCUGAGUUUCUUGGACCAAAGCAAGCAGGAUUAUCUGUCUCCGAGGCUUGCUAGGACUUCAGUGGCGCCUUGUGCCAUUGGCCAGGCGUGUGACCCAAGACAGCGGAGAGAUGCUGGGGGACGCGGUGGAGUCUACGAGCACCUCGGAGGAGCACCAAGAUGCAGAAAACUUUACUGUGCAACUAAAUAUCAUUUGCAAAUACAUCCAAGCGGGAAAAUAGACGGUUCUCUUGAGGAAAACAACCAAUUAAGCAUCAUGGAGAUCACAGCAGUUGAUGUUGGAGUGGUAGCGAUAAAGGGGAUAUUUUCCGGGAGAUAUCUGGCCAUGAAUGAUAAAGGACGUCUAUACGCCUCGGAUGUGUUCAACCAGGAGUGUGAGUUCCUGGAGCGGAUUCAUGAGCUGGGCUACAACACCUAUGCUUCUAGACACCACUCCACCCUGCAGCCCCCUGCAGGGGGUGGCAGUGGCAAACGACGAGCCAGUGCCAAGAGGCAGUGGUAUGUGUCCAUCAAUGGGAAAGGCCGGCCAAGGAGGGGCUUUAAGACGCGCAGCACUGACAAAGCCUCCCUUUUCCUGCCUCGAGUGCUAGGCAAUAAGGACCAUGAGAUGGUGCGAAAGCUCCGUGACAGCCAGAGGCACCCAACUGGACAGCAGAGUCCCCCUAUGGGCCGGGCUGAGCACCGGAGACGGAGACACCGGGCCAGGGGAAGAAAGGGCAGAACCAAGAGGCCUGGUGACUGACUGACACUGGCCACUGUCUGAGAGCAGUAGGCCCCAUUUCUCCGCUAAGGAACACUCGUUCACGGCACAUGAAACUGACCAAAAACGAACUUACUGAAAUAUCUGCCUUAGAUACUUGGAUCAGUCAGUGGCAGCAAACUAUACUUUGUUGUACAAGCUCCCGCCAAAAUCCUUGCUUGGGAUACAUGCAACUCGAACCAUCCCCCACAACUAUUGCAAUACCAACACAAGACUUGCCUGGGAAUUCGAGUUAGGCACAUAUAUCUGAGGUUAGAGCUACCACUACACAAGUAUGAAAGGGAUGAUACGUUUUGUCUUUGUUUUGUACAUACAUGUGUGAAUGCAACUAAAGUCAAUACAGCUGGAUAUCUUCCUACUGUUGUAUUACCUGGAAAAAGACAAGUUGUUUUUGUGUUCUUGUGGAACUUUUUAAAGAUCAUAAAUACUGUAUGUUUAUAUGUGUAGAGUUAUUUUUAAUAUCAGUUUCAUUUAUCAGCAGCUUUAAAUUUGGGAAAAUGAGUGAGAGUAAGAACUGGACAUCAUUCAAGUGCUUACAGAUACCAAGGAGGUGGUAUGCUCCAUCAUUCAAGUGCUUACAGAUACCAAGGAGGUGGUAUGCUCCAUCAUUCAAGUGCUUACAGAUACCAAGGAGGUGGUAUGCUCCAUCAUUCAAGUGCUUACAGAUACCAAGGAGGUGGUAUGCUCCAUCAUUCAAGUGCUUACAGAUACCAAGGAGGUGGUAUGCUCCAUCAUUCAAGUGCUUACAGAUACCAAGGAGGUGGUAUGCUCCAUCAUUCAAGUGCUUACAGAUACCAAGGAGGUGGUAUGCUCCAGAGAAAUAGAAAUACAGCAAAGCACUUUUUCAUACUAACAUAAAAAGAAAAAAGUAAAAACAUGAACACAUUUAUUUAGAAAUGUACUUAGGAUGUGAUAGUCUACUGUCUGUAAACUGCGAGAAGUACUUUGUAUAUUACUAAUGAUAUGAAUAUUUAUUUGAUACCUGUGUUUAAGUUAUUGAUGAGAUUGUUUCUACAUUUACCAAUGUUAUUAUUUUUUACUUCGUUGUAACCAACCAGGCGUGCCCCUCACUCAAAUGUAUGCUAACAAGAGAUAUUGUCAAAACAAAAACGGUCAAUCUGUCUUGUCAAAAAUUACCUUGUUUUGUUAAUUGGUGUAACUAGCUAGUACAACUGAACAGACAAAAUACAAUCAAAUUUACUUACCGAAUCCGCUCUGUCAAUUUUUUGGGGGGCAUGAGACCACACUCAGCAGACUCCGUUUGGUCCUGCCCAUGACCAUGUUUUGCACUUCACCCCAGGUUGGGUUCGUCUCUGUCAGUUCUGACCUCACUGUUCCUACACCAGGUAGGCCUAGCUUUGGCCUUCCAUGUUACUCAUAGAUUGGCGUUCUGUUCAGAGCAUGGGGGGUGAUACAGCUUUGUUCCACUCCAUGUUAACACAAAUAUGUCAUUGUCAUGAUUUUUUCCCCACCACCAAUCAAUUAUUUUAUGGUGAAUGUUGAGUCAUGAGGCUAUAGUGAACACUGUAACAUGUAAACAAUAAACUAUUAAGUAUUUGGA